AAUCUGUACUGCACAACAAACAUGUCUGCCUCCUGAAAGGAGAGGAGGGCACAGCUGAUCUGUGCAAAAUACAGAUUCUUUCUCUUCUUGGAGUAUACAAUCACCACCAUGAAACUUAUCAGCAUUCUUCUAACUCAGAACACGAGAAGUCCCCUCUAUGUAUUUGUCACCUCAAGCAGAAUUCUUGGCUAUGAAGUCCCUAAAUUCUGUUAUUAUUCAACGUCCAGGCAUAAACGAAGCAUCAAAGAAUGUUACAGAAUUCUUAAUGUCUCUGAAGGUUGUUCGGCCGAUGAAGUCAGAGAUUCCUAUAAAACCUUAGCAAAAAAAUACCAUCCAGAUAGCGGCGCCACCACAGCAAGUACCACCAUGUUUGUGCAGAUAGAUGAAGCCUAUAGGGACUUGUUGACCCACCUGGCCAAAGAGUCUAAGAAAGCGCAAACCAUGGAAGACGAUGAAGAAAAGACGCCAGACUAUAAGAUGCCACAGCACAGACAGUACUUGAGCUAUGAGGGUGUUGGUUUUGGAACACCAAGUCAAAGACAGAGACAGUAUGUGCAGUUUCGUGUUGAUCGGGCUACGGAUCAGGUUCUAAACUUUCGGAAGCAGAAGCUAGAACAACAGUAUGCCGAAAACUCAUUGAUAGCUAAAGAUGUCAAACACAGCAAAAAAGUAAAAACAACUCAAGCUAUUGAGCGUUUAGUAGAAGACCUCAUCCAAGAGUCCAUGGCGAAGGGGGAUUUUGAUAACCUCAGUGGAAAAGGGAAGCCCCUCAACAAGUUCUCCUCGUGUCCACACAUCGACCCCAUGACCCACAAUCUCAACAGAAUAUUGAUGGACAACGGUUACCAGCCCGAGUGGAUCCUGUUGCAAAAAGACAUCCGGGAAACAAUCGAAAAGCUGAGACAAGAUUUGUUGGCUUCUCGUAAAAAACUGGGUGAUCCCAUGACCUACAGGCAGGAAAACCAGUGGAUGGAGAUCUGUGAGACGUUCAGAGGAGACAUAACUAAACUCAACAAGAAGAUCAAUGACUUUAACUUGGUUGUCCCACUUCUGAGCAGACAGAUGGUCCACUUCAAUGUGGAUAAGGAGAUAUCUCGAGCCGAGCGGGCCUUCCUCGCCCUACAAGAGGAAAUGUAUGCGGCAAAUAAAAUGAAUGAUAAUGCUAGUGAGAAGAUGGACGACAAACAAGUCAAACCCACAGAGGUCUUCUUAAACUGGAUAAAGCAGCUGAAGAAAUUUUGAUAAAAUAAAAAUGAGUUGAAAUGGAAUAUUAUGGAAAUAAAUAAAUGUAUUAAUUUAGUUUUUUUAAUGGUUUAAUAGAUAACAAUUUUGCCUUGCCCCACUAGGGCCAAUGGGUUAAAUAGGUUAAGUGGACAACAAGUAGUUCCCAUUUUCCCCCAUUUUCUGGUGGGUUUCCUCAGGUUCUUCACAUUUUCUCCCAAAAGUAGAAAACCCAAUUUCCAUGACAAUUGGACUUAGUGUCUUAGGGUAGAUUUUAAGUCGGAUGGAGACAGGAAUGGGUGUGAGGGAUUGAUGCUACCUAUAGUGCUGUGAAAUGUCAAUGAAUGAUAAAUAAAAAAUA